ACCAAAAUACAUCACACAUGGUACCGAAACCGGAUUAUAUAGAUCAUCUACAGAAUAACUGUCGUCAUAGAAACGACAUAUUCUGGUUGAUGGACAUUGUAAACAAGACGACAGUCUGAACAUGUUGAUGUGACUAUCAUGCAUGUGCAUACUGACUGCCUGGUUGUAAAACGAGGAUGAAUCUACGGUCAGCAUUAUUGUGUCUGCUGCUGCUGCUGCCAGCCGUUUCCUCUCAGAUAGAAUGGUUGAGCCGUCCUCAGAGCAAGGCUGUGAUAGCGGGACGCGAUGUCCGCCUCGACUGUCGGGCCCAGGACUCAGGGGGGACAACUCUGGUCUAUGAAUGGAGGUUCAAUGACAGCCAGAUACAGACAAAAUCUGCAGUAUUUGGAAAUAAUUCUCUGCUGAUACCACAGUUUUCAUCCUCUGAUAUUGGUCGUUACGAUUGUGUCAUCUCAAGCUCAAGAAAUGUUUCAUCUGUCUCAGAAACUGCAACAGUCAUUUUGGCUUAUAUCAACAAGUUCCAGCUCAGCCCUGUAUCAGUUCGCGUAGAAGUCAACGCGUCUGUGACGUUUGAGUGCAUCACAGGUUCCAGCGCCCCCUAUCCUAAAGUGUACUGGGAUCUGAAUGGCCAGGAGUUCUGGGGCGGGGAGCAGGUAACGGCGUCCUACGGAGACUACGACGCCACGGGGCUGAGUGCACAGUACUCCAUGAAGCUGGUUCUCACUAUAAACAGGACCAAUAUUGGAAUCCUCCGCUGUAUGGCGAUAAACACGCUCUUGAAGCGGAAUGUCAGUAGUGGAGACGCAGCAAUAUUCCUGACAGAUGUCGCCACGACACCAGUGCUGUUGGUGCCUCCUGCUGCUGAAGUCGUCGUCCCCGUCAACACAUCUCUGGUGCUAGACUGCCUCACACAGGGCAAAGAUGUACUCACUUUGUGGUUUAAGAAUGAUGCCGGUACCAACGGAAGUUCAACAAGUUACGUAUUUUACAAUGGAAGUCUGAUAUUCACAAAGGUGCUACUGGAGGAUGCUGGGAUAUAUUACUGUCAAGGCGUGAACGCUGUGGGAACUGUCACUUCACGUCGGUCCAAUGUUACUGUCACAGUCCUAAAUGUCGACUUUCAAGAUGAGCCAAGUGAUGCAACAGUGUUUGCUGGCCAGUCCUUGACCUUGAACUGUGUUCCACCAAUCAGUGUGCCUCCUGCUAGAGUCACAUGGUACAGGAACUAUCAGCCAUUGGUUGUUGUCCAAGGGGAGCAGUCAUUGUCCCCCAGUGCUGGAGUGUGGGAUCUACAGUUACAGUCUGUGCAAGCCGAUGAUCAGGGAGACUACUUCUGUGUGGCGGAGAACCUUCUCGCUGUCCCCACCAGUCGCACGUCCAGGGUGGCCACACUUACAGUACAAGGUGCGCCAAUUUUCACUGAACCUCCUCUGAACCAGAGAGUUGUCAAGGGGAGACUACUGCAGUUGAUCUGCCGAGUGCAGGGUUCACCCACUCCUACAGUGUCCUGGUUGUUUGAUGGGAGGAAACUGUCUCCGUCCAGUCAGAUUAGCUUCAGGGCCAGCAACCAGGAGCUGUGGAUCAGCAAUGUGGACAAGUCCCACGAAGGAACAUACACCUGCAUCACACACAACAUGUACGGAAGCAAGACUGUGAAUGUGUCAGUCCGUGUCAUAGUCCCGCCAGUGACCUUAAAAGAUUUUGGCACCAUUGUUGUGACAUCUGGCGACACGGCCAUAUUGCCCUGCGACGUGUAUGGCGAUCCCAAACCAGAAGCUCGUUGGUUCACAGAUGGCAAGCAGAUUGAAGGAGAUCGUCGCAGAUCCAUUGUGGACCUGUCGCUGCACAUAGAGAAUGUGACGUCCGCCGACCAGGGACACUAUGGCUGUAGAGCGGAGAAUGAAGCCGGUGAAACCUGGGCUAACGGAACACUCUCUGUCCAGGUUCCUCCCAAGAUAACACAGGGCCCAGUGGACACGGUGGUCGUGAUUGGUCAGUCCGUGCUCCAAGCCUGCAACACAGAAGGGGUGCCCUCGCCCAAGAUACAGUGGCUGUUCAAUUCUACACAGUACCUGCCUGAAGGCGUGUCGCUGUUGUCGGACCGGAUCACACUGAAGAUCCCCCAUGUGGACUGGCUCCACGUGGGCACCUACACCUGCGUAGCCACCAACAUCGUCAGCCUGGCCAGCAAGUCGGGGACCAUCAAGCUCAAAGUACCUCCAUCCAUCAAGAACGUGACCGGCCAAAAUGUAGUCGACAAAGGGGAGACAAUCCUGCUGGACUGUGUCAAUGAGGGAACGCCAACGCCACAGGUUGAAUGGACACACAAAGGGGAGAUAAUUCAGGAAACUCUAGAUGGGAGAGUUACUUUUCCUUCACGACGAAAGCUUAGGAUAAUGUUCUCCACAGAACAAGAUGCUGGGCUGUAUGGCUGCCGAGCGAGUAACGAUGUGGAUGCAGCCACCAGGACAGUCCGGGUGUAUGUUGUAGAGCCCCCGAAGCCGCCGGUCCUGUCGAAUGCGAUUACGCUGUCCAUGUCGUCUGUGGAGCUGCUGUGGAUCCCCAACUCCCAGGAGCCUCACACCAACGUCACCGGCUACGCUGUCAACUACAAGAGAAGACCAGAGACACAGUAUGUGACGUUUCCCGGGCGAUUGCCCCCGACCCUGCUGCACUAUGAGGUGGAGAACCUCCGCCCUGGCACCGAGUACACCUUCACCAUCUCCGCCCAGAACUCUGCUGGCCUGGGGGCGCCCAGCAACGCACGCACUGUCACCACACGAGAAGCAGGGCCGUCAGCACCAGUGAGGUUGCGGCUGCUGUCCACGGCUGCUCGUGGUGCCAGGCUGUCCUGGGAGGUGCCGGCACAGCAGAACGGGAAUAUCCGGAAAUACCAGGUGCAGUACCGGGAAAUGCUGGCAACAGAUGCUGGCAUCACAGAAUACGACAUUCAGGAGAUUUUAGACCCCAGCCUCCCAAACCAGGAGUUUGACCUGCUUGACCUUCACCCCUACACGAAGUACGAGGUCAGAGUGCGAGCAGCCAACCGUGACGAGGGACAGGACUUGUGGGGACCCUUCUCCCCGUCACUCACCCUCCAGACACGCCCUGCACCUCCCGCCUCCGGUCCCCGUCAUGUGACUGCAGUAGCUGUUGGUCCCCGUGCUGUUGAGGUCACCUGGCAGCCACCUGCUGCUGGAGACGAGAAUGGCCCCAUCACCAUGUACACAGUGAGGUACAGACAGCUGCCGUAUCAUACUCUGUACCCGGACAAACACAUCCUCAACUUUACCACCACCGUCAACCUCACAGAGUUGUCUCCCUGGAAGAACUACUCUCUGGUGAUAGAGGCUGAAAACUCCGCUGGUCGGAGUCCGUUGUCCGAUCCAGUGUUUGUUCAGACACUUCCUGAAACUCCAACAAAUUCCCCUGAAAACCUACAAGUUACUUCGAAGUCUUCUACUGGAUUGGGAAUCACCUGGGAGGUACCCCCAGUGAGGGAGUGGAGCGCUGUCUUGUCUGGCUGUGUGGUACAGUACAAGGGUGGGACGUCCACAGCAUGGAGCAACAUCACCAUCACCAACAUCUCCGACACCGCCGUCAAUAUCAGCCAGCUGACUCCCUGGACUGACUACAGUGUCCGUGCUGCUGUUUACACUCUGCAAGUUAUGCCAGGGCUAGGUCCGUUCUCGGAACCAGUAGAAGUGAAGACGCUCCCAGACAUUCCAGGUCCUGUGGAACAGUUGGAGCAUGCAGCCACCAACACUAGUAUAUCGAUAUGGUGGCUCCCCCCACAGGUGCUGAACGGGGAGUUGCGGCACUACACCAUCACAUACGUCCCUGUUGGGAACACGCCAGUAGAGAGCUCCGGGGACACAGUGCAGGUCUUGCCAGGGCUUCCAGUCGGUCACCAAGGUCAAGGACAAUCAUAUCAGACAGACCAACAGAACACCACCAUCACUGACCUCACGCCAGCCACUGUCUAUAAUGUCUCGGUUACCGCGGCAACUGUUGCCGGGGAGGGGCCUAUCCAGUAUGCUGUGAUCAGUACAACAUACACCGAGACUCUGACAGAUGAUCCUCCCCCACUAACUACUGACAUAUCAACAGAUGCUUCUGUCAACACAACUACUAAUUUGUUAACUGACCCUGGUGGGAACUCCAGGCGAAACCUGCCAGUGAUUGUGGCCGGAGCUCUCACAGGGGGGAUUUUCCUCCUCGUCCUCCUAGCCAUCAUCAUCUGGAGAUGCCUCAAGAAACGCAAAGCUGGGAGGGACCAAUACAUGAAAUCCGUGGUGUCCGGGGUCCGCAUCACAAAAAGAGAAUCAGGAAACUUUGAUAGACAAAUAUUGGACCCCGCCCACACUGGAGAUGAUGACAUGGCGACACACAACGAUGACGACAGCAAUACACAGGAAAUACAGCAACGCUAUGGCAGCUUCAACUCCCACGACCCCAUCCCACAGUCACCCAACUCCAUUGAUUCUGUAGAUAUAAACGUGGUCCCACCGGCUUCAUCCCCUGGAGGCGUCAAGAGGUCAGGCAGCUUCUUCCGUAGCUUACGCAACAGCAUCUCUGGCGACUCCGUGUUUGCAAUCUCCUCAGGUUCAGGCUUUGAGAACCCGUCCUAUUUUGAUGAGCGUAUGUCGGCGACGCUCCCCCGACAUGGUGUUCCAUCAAUGACAGCAGACCAGGUGUAUUCAGAGACGGAGAAGAGUCAGCGUAAGAAUAGGAUGCGCAGCGAGAGUGCUGCUGCCAUUGCCAUCAUGAGGAGCAGUGGUAACCUAGCGAUAGCAUCCGACGACACUGACUCACUCAUACACAACGAAGCCAUCGUAGUUUACAAUGAGAGGACCGCGCUGUGACACUCGACGUCUCCGUCACAGUGGUCAUCUACCACCUCUGCACCAACUGCUGGUGGUCAGACCUACAUAUACAUGGGCUUACGAACAAAUGUGAUAUAUUAACAGUGCUACUGAUAUAUGUUUUCAUGUUGAAGAAUACUCAGUUCUCGUAUAUAAUCAUAUAAUUGAGGAGGGUGCCUGACUUCUGCAUAAAGGACAGGAAUAUGGUAUAAUAUGAGCUUGUGGGGGAUAGCCGUUUUCAUCCAUGAGCUACAUAGGAGAUAUCGCUUGGGUGAGAUCAAGCCAUAUCUUCUAAUCUCUAAUCGUUGUGCCACUGAUGCUGUAGCUGCACUAUUUACACUCAAGACACAGGUUAUUACUGUUUACAAUGGGGCUGGCUGUCGAUAUGGAUCCUACAGACCGAUAAACGAAAUAUUGACCAAUUAUCGAUAAAUAUCAGAGAAAUAACUUUAAACAAAUAAGCAAGAAAGUCCCGAAAGAAAUCAACAUAUUUUACGCCACUGGUGAGCAGUGACACAUUUAUGCAUGGAUUACUUUGUGGACAUUUGAGAUAUAACAAAAACAGUUGCUUUCUGACUUCAACGAUUGAAAUAAUUGACAAUCACAAGUCUGUUUCGUUAAAUCUAAACUUUAUUUCAUCACAAUAGUUUGUGUCAGUUAUUUUCAAUGACAUCGAUUUCAUAUCGAGGAUUGUUAAUUUUUCUUUCCAUCAAUGAUAAGUCCGAUUAUCAAUCUUCUAAGCCAGCCCUAGUCUAUACACAGUAAAAGUUGGAAGAAUGACUUUGGAUGAUUAAUAGAAUCUCACCCUCGUGUCUUCCAAGCUCAAAUAUCCCACGACACAUUGAUCAAAGUAAAAAUAUCCUCAACUAGACUCGGAUGUUUGAAUCUUUAUCAUUUUUUACCUUUGAAGAUACUCGGGUGAUAUUCUCUAUUUCUUUUGGGUACGAGCUCAGCUGAUGAUUUAUUUAUUGAGUGUUGCUCGUGUUUGCUUUAUCAGGAUCAUCUUGAGGUCACAUAGCCUUGUGUUCAUCACGUCAUUUAUCCAGUAGUAAGGCCAUGCCAGUUUUGUUUUAGAGAUUUUCGGGGCUCAUUUGCCAAGUGUAAGAUGCAAAGAAGUAGAUUAGGACUUGUUGGAAUUGAGAAUCAAAAUUGUUGUUAGUACCCGGUAUAUAUUCAGGAGAUUAUUAUGAAAUAACUUACAGGGCAGUUUUUGUUAUUUUCUUAUCAUGUUUUUAUUGACGUUGAAACAAGAAGAGCCUGAUGACCAUGUUCAUUAUCUUUGUAUAAUAAGCACUAAUUUCAGCUGGUUAACUAUAAGACAAUACACUGUAUUGUUUGCUCAUAAUAUUGGUCAUACUGGUUGUUGAAUAUGGACAUACAUUAUACAAUUUGGUUAAUGAAUAAUUCAUUAAUCAGCAGGGAGAUUCUGUUUUUAAGACACUGAUCAAAUUCAGGGUUACUGAUGGAUGUCCACUCCAACAGAACAUCCAGUGUGGUAGGUGAUAGGGACAUAGGAAAUAGCUGAUGUAUGUAUUGUAACCAAGAUAGACAUGCAUGUCUCAGACAUCUAUGGUGUUCAGGAAUAGUUACUUUUGGGGUGCAAUUUGCCAUAAUGUAUGCUAGCUUUGCCUUUGGGAAACUUUGAAGUUACGAAGUGUAAGAGAUUUGGUUGGUCAUUCCUACCUGUUUGCUGACUUUGUUUUGCUGUAAUGCUUUGUUGAGCAAGCUUGUAUUGUUCAUAUCAAAAGUCUUGAAAUGCGUAACCAGACAUCAGCCCACAGUUCUCAAAAUCAUUGGCCAUGUGGACCAGAUUUUUGUGCACAUGUUACCAAUCACAGAUCUUCACACCGAGGACAAUGGAUUUUUGUGCACGUUACCAAUCACAGACCUUCAGACCCUGGACAAUGGAUUUUUGUGCACAUGUUGCCAAUCACAGAUCUUCACACCGAGGACAAUGGAUUUUUGUGCACGUUACCAAUCACAGACCUUCAGACCCUGGACAAUGGAUUUUUGUGCACAUGUUGCCAAUCACAGAUCUUCACACCGAGGACAAUGGAUUUUUGUGCACGUUACCAAUCACAGACCUUCAGACCCGGGACAAUGGUUUUUUGUGCACAUGUUGCCAAUCACAGAUCUUCACACCGAGGACAAUGGAUUUUUGUGCAUAUGUUCCCAAUCACUGACCUUCAGACCCGGGACAAUGGAUUUUUGUGCACAUGUUCCCAAUCACUGACCUUCAGACACGGGACAAUGGAUUAUUGUGCACAUGUUCCCAAUCACUGACCUUCAGACCUGGGACAAUGGAUUAUUGUGCACAUGUUCCCAAUCACUGACCUUCAGACCUGGGACAAUGGAUUAUUGUGCACAUGUUCCCAAUCACUGACCUUCAGACCUGGGACAAUGGAUUAUUGUGCACAUGUUCCCAAUCACUGACCUUCAGACCUGGGACAAUGGAUUAUUGUGCACAUGUUCCCAAUCACUGACCUUCAGACCCGGGACAAUGGAUUAUUGUGCACAUGUUCCCAAUCACUGACCUUCAGACCUGGGACAAUGGAUUAUUGUGCAUAUGUUCCCAAUCACUGACCUUCAGACCUGGGACAAUGGAUUAUUGUGCACAUGUUCCCAAUCACUGACCUUCAGACCUGGGACAAUGGAUUAUUGUGCACAUGUUCCCAAUCACUGACCUUCAGACCUGGGACAAUGGAUUAUUGUGCACAUGUUCCCAAUCACAGACCUUCAGACCUAAUACAAUGGAAUAUUGGACACAGGUACCACAGAUGGUCAGACCUAGGACAGUGGUUUUAUCCUUGUACUAUAUUAUGAUUCACAUGUAUGGACUUACUGGUGAGUGAGUAAGUGAGUUGGGUUUUACGCCGCUUUUAACAGUAUUCCAGUUAUAUCGCGGCGUGUCAGCUUAAUGUGGGAGGAAAGCCCGAAGUGAUGCAGGUCUCAGACGUUUACCACUUCGGUGAAACCCACGA